GAGCUCGUUACCAUUUCACAUUUCCUAAGAAAUCGCUGGCCUCUCGUCUGCUAGUGCCAGUCCAGAAAUUGGAAUGUUUUCUUACCCUAGGUAGACAAUUUUGUUUUUUAACGUUCGCUGAAUAUUUUUAUAAUAAAUACUAAUCGGACUAUUGCCACUAUAUGCCACUUUCACAUGCACAUUGUGUUGGGAUAUAGGUUAUUCUGCUAAUAGGAACAGACGUAGCAGGAACCAGUUUCCAACGGUAGGAAAAGACGUAACCAAUAGAAAUCAAAUUAAGGAAGUGCGAAAAUAUUUGCGAUACCUGUAUCCUAGGUAAUUAGCGAUGGACGACAUGUUCGACGACCCGGAGACGAUGUUCCCGAAGAGGAAGCGCUUCUACCAAGACCCAUGGAUCGAGGCGUCGGUCCUGAACUACGGUCAGCCGGCAAAGGUUAAAUAUCGGAUGGGCCUUGUUUUAAAGGUUGCAGGGCUGCAGGCUGCAGAGCUGCCAGAGUCACACCCGCUGAUGGAGAAUGGGGAGACAUGGCUUCUUAUCUCAGACAGAAAAGUCUUCAUACCGGCGGUUCUGACCAAGCGAGCAUGGGAGGUGAUGCAAGAAAAGGAGGAGCGGGAUGUUGUCGCCGAUCUGGAUGCGUGCACCGUGUGCCUGCAGGUCUACAACCUUGAGUUCCUGUGCGAGGCUGAGUUGGAUAAAAGCAGGUUCAUCUUCAAUGUCGAAAAAAUGGCCACUGUGGCUUUUGGGGAAAGGAUUGACGAUUCGGUCCCAUGCUGCACAAGUCUGCCCUCAGUCCAAGAGAAGGUCUACGAAACCUGGAGGUCUGGGACCCUGUAUUGGUCCCUACAGGGAGAGAAUUCCUCCGCCACCACAGACACACAGCCAGUGACUGAUUCAGAACCUGAUUCAGGAGAGGGGACAUCCGGAGAGCUUGGCGGAGCAUGUGCCAAACUGAACUGACUGCACUCCCACGCGUAAGAGAAGGGGAUAUGCACAGCCGAUGCACAUCCUUCAGCUGGGAGCAGGACCAGUAAAAAUACCGGACGCCCACUACUCCACUCCUGAGGAAGGCCCCUGCAGACUGAAGUGUUCUCUCGUCUGCAUGAGCUUAAGUUCUGUGCUUUAUUUCACAUCCUUGUUUUCUGUUGGUUUAACACACUCCUCAGGGGCUCCGCCCAAUCUAAACAGAUUCAUGGAAUCUGUCUGUGUUCAGAGAUUGCGGUUGCAUGCUUAAGUUGAAUUUUUCAUAGAAUCUGUCUGUGUUCAGAGAUUGUGGCUGCAUGCUUAAGUUGAAUUUUUCAUAGAAUCUGUCUGUGUUCAGAGAUUGUGGCUACAUGCUUAAGUUGAAUUUUUCAUAGAAUCUGUCUGUGUUCAGAGAUUGUGGCUGCAUGCUUAAGUUGAAUUUUUCAUAGAAUCUGUCUGUGUUCAGAGAUUGUGGCUGCAUGCUUAAGUUGAAUUUUUCAUAGAAUCUGUCUGUGUUCAGAGAUUGUGGCUGCAUGCUUAAGUUGAAUUUUUCAUAGAAUCUGUCUGUGUUCAGAGAUUGUGGCUACAUGCUUAAGUUGAAUUUUUCAUAGAAUCUGUCUGUGUUCAGAGAUUGUGGUUGCAUGCUUAAGUUGAAUUUUUCAUUAAAAAAAAACUCUUUCUAAAAAG